UCUGCGCAUGCCCGUCCCGGGAGCGCCUCGGCCGAGUCUGGGAUUGCAAGCCCGCCACCCCCGGCACCAUGUCGCGACCCUGUUCCCCUCAGAAGCUUGACAGAAACAAUCUGAUAGAGAUUGCUAAGGUUCGCUUGAAAAAGUAUGAUGUUGGGGCCAGUUACUCUUGCUCAUCCCCUGACAAAUGUGCUGUCCUCAUACCGUUGUUGUGGAAAGAAGGAGAAUUCCACCUGUUGUUCACCCUCCGCUCAGAGAAGCUCAGAAGGUCGCCUGGUGAGGUUUGUUUUCCUGGAGGACGGUGGGAGCCUACAGACACCAAUGACGUAGCCACAGCUCUGCGGGAGGCCCAGGAGGAAGUGGGGCUGCAGCCUCAUCAUGUGGAGGUUAUCUGCUGUCUGCCGCCACAUCCGUUUCAAAAAGGCAUAUGGAUAACCCCAGUAGUGGGCUUUAUAGGCCACAAUUUCCAAGCCCAGCCUAAUCCCAGUGAAGUCCAAGAUGUGUUCCUGGUGCCUCUGGACUACUUCCUGCAUCCACGCGUCUACUACUGGAAGCAAGUGACAUUUGCUGGCCAGCAUUUCAUCAGUCAUUUCUUUGAGUACACAAACCCUGAGAAUGGUGUGACUUACAUAAUUGAAGGACUAACCGCGCGACUCGCCUUGCUAACUGCCAUAAUUAUUUUGGAAAAGAAACCCACCUUUGAAGUGAGUUUUGAUCUCAAGAAUCUAAUCCCAACCCUUCCUAAGCAGGCCAUCAGCAAGUUAUGAUUUACAAGACCAGCAUGCAGAAAUCUGUCCAUAAUAGGCAUUUAAUAAAUAUUUGUUCAAUUUA